AUGUACAGGCCUGUGGCGGCUUCGUCUGCCACAUCCCAAGGCGGAUUGCCUAAUGACAGUGAGGACUCUGCUGUGACGUUAGAUCGAGUUCCGAGGUGGAUUGAUGUCGAGCAUUUGUUAGAGAGUGAGGAUGGAGAUUCAUCGUUUUCUAGUCCGUAUUUUCCUGAUCCUUUGGCGUUUAAAUCGGGAAGUGGAAGUGGCGCAGGUGGUUCGGUGGCUAGGUUUCCGGUUGAUCAUGAAAUAAAUUUGCGGAUAUAUUUGUGGACAGGGAGUCCUUGGAACCUUGAGGUGGAUGCUGUGGUGAACUCAACAAAUGAGGUCAUGGAUGAAGCACACAGCAGCCCUGGGUUGCAUGCUGCAGCUGGACCCGGUCUUGCAGAAGAAUGUGCAACUUUGGGUGGGUGUCGAACAGGGAUGGCUAAAGUUUCCAAUGCCUAUGAUCUUCCUGCAAGGAAAGUUAUCCAUACAGUUGGUCCAAAGUAUGCAGUGAAGUACCACACUGCUGCAGAGAAUGCUUUAAGUCAUUGUUAUCGUUCUUGCCUUGAGCUUCUAAUUGAAAAUGGGCUUCAAAGCAUUGCUAUGGGUUGUAUUUAUACAGACGCAAAGAACUAUCCCCGUGAACCAGCUGCACAUGUAGCUAUAAGAACUGUGCGGCGGUUCCUUGAGAAGCAGAAAAACAAUGUAACAGCUGUUGUAUUUAGUACUACCAGCACAAUUGAUAUCGACAUCUAUAAAAGGUUGCUUCCACUUUACUUUCCUCGGGAUAAACACGAGGAGGAGGUGGCUUUGUCAAAGCUUCCUGCGGAUGUUGGGGAUGAGAAUGGCGAGACUACCAUAGAUGAGCGUAAAAUCAGAAUAAAGCCUUUGCCUAAAAAAAAGGGUCCAAAACCAUCUCGAGAACCAGUUGAUCUUCCUGUUAGUGAUGUUGGCAUGUUUCGCAGGACUUCAUCAUAUUUAGAUUCAUUUCUAGAUCCCGCCUUCAUGUCUUUGAUUAAAGACCCUGAUGAAAGACGUCUGGAACAGUGGGAGAAAACUGUUCAAGCACAGCGAAGCUGGAAUUUUGCUAAUUUACUUGGAUUCGGUGACCUAGGUGGACCGCGAUUGUCUGCCGCUGAAGAAUAUUCUCUGCACUCUAGAUAUCUUUCUAAAGCAAAAUCCUUAAAUCUAUCUGAAAUUGCAGAGAUGAAGAUUGUCUAUCGUGGAGGGGUGGACAGUGAGGGUCAUCCUGUCAUGGUUGUUGUGGGGGCUCAUUUUUUGCUCAGAUGUCUUGAUCUGGAGCGAUUUGUGCUUUAUGUGGUGAAGGAGUUCGAGCCAAUAAUACAGAAGCCUUAUACUAUUGUAUAUUCUCAUUCUGCCGCAUCUUUACAAGUGCAACCAGACCUAGGUUGGAUGAAAAGAUUACAACAAAUACUUGGACGGAAGCACCAGCAAAACCUACAUGCAAUAUAUAUUCUUCACCCAACAUUAGGACUUAAAGUUACAGUAUUAGCUCUACAGUUACUGGUGGACAAUGUGGUUUGGAAGAAAGUGGUAUAUGUUGAUAGACUUCUGCAGCUCUUCAGAUACGUACCGCGUGAGCAGUUGACAAUUCCAGAUUUUGUGUUUCAGCAUGACUUGGAAGUGAAUGGAGGAAAGGGUCUUAUUGUGGAUCCCAGAACAAAAUAUGUUUAUCAUAGACCUUGA